AUGGGAGAUGGCUGGCUCGCCCCAGAUUGCAACCCGCCCAACCGAUCCAGCUCCCCGCCGCCCGUCCCCCCCAGCAGCGCCUCCACCCUGCCCUACCCGCCGGGCAGCAGGGAGCUGCCCUCCCACCAGUGGGCGGUGGGCAUGCUGAUGGCCCUGAUGGUGCUGCUGAUCGUGGUGGGCAACGCGCUGGUGAUCGCGGCCAUCGGGCGCACGCAGCGGCUGCAGACCCUCACCAACCUCUUCAUCACCUCGCUGGCCUGCGCCGACCUGGUGAUGGGCUCGCUGGUGGUGCCCUUCGGGGCCACGCUGGUGGUACGGGGCCACUGGGUCUGGGGCUCUUUCCUGUGCGAGUGCUGGACCUCGCUGGACGUGCUGUGCGUGACGGCCAGCAUCGAGACCCUGUGCGUUAUUGCCAUCGACCGCUACCUGGCCAUCACCUCGCCUUUCCGCUACCAGAGCCUCAUGACCAAGGGCCGGGCCAAGGGCAUCAUCUGCACGGUCUGGGCCAUCUCUGCCCUCGUCUCCUUCCUGCCCAUCAUGAUGCAUUGGUGGCGGGAUGGAGAUCCCCAGGCUCUGGAUUGCUACCAGAACCCCAACUGCUGCGACUUUGUCACCAACAGGGCCUAUGCCAUCGCCUCCUCCAUUAUCUCCUUCUACAUCCCCCUGCUCAUCAUGAUCUUCGUGUACAUCAGAGUCUACCGGGAGGCCAAGGAGCAGAUGAGGAAGAUAGACAGGUGCGAGGGCAGGUUUUACUGCAGCCACCCCCAGCCUCCUGCCGCAGCCCAAUCCCAUCAGCCCAUCCUGGGCAAUGGCAGAACCAGCAGGAGAAGGACCUCCAGGAUCCUGGCCUUGAAGGAGCAAAAAGCCCUCAAGACCUUAGGCAUCAUCAUGGGUGUCUUCACCCUCUGCUGGCUCCCUUUCUUCCUGGUCAACGUGGUCAAGGUCUUCAGCAGGGACCUGGUGCCAGACCAGCUCUUCGUCUUCUUCAACUGGCUGGGCUAUGCCAACUCGGCUUUCAACCCCAUCAUCUACUGCCGCAGCCCCGACUUCCGCAAGGCCUUCAAGAGGCUGCUCUGCUGCCCCAGGAAAGCUGACCGGAGGCUGCACGCCAGCACUGGGGAGCUCUCCCGGUACCCAGGGAACUUCAUCAAUACUUUGGGCACCCCCGAGCGCAGCCUAGGAGGGACAUGGUCUGAUUGCAAUGGGGGCACACAGGGAGGCAGUGACUCGAGUCUGGAGGAGAGGAAUAGCAAAAUUUCCUAUUCGGAAUCCAAGAACUGUAGCGAGCGAAGAGGAAAACCCAGCAGGCCAGCUUCAUCCUCCGGCCCUGCACCUUAUGCCUGCACUGUCUGUGGCAAGGACAGUCACUUAAGAAGUGGACUUUUUAGCCACUCGCAGUGCUGCAGCAUGACACCUACAGCCCCCAACUAA